AUGGACCCUGUUGGUCAAGACCGCAACAGCACACCCGAGACUGCGGACUCGCCACACAUACUCGAUCAAUAUGAGAUUGAUCAAGAUGGCAAGGACCAGGAUGAGGCACGACAAAAGACCCUGUGCUUUACUGUCCGAUUCCGUCGGCCCUGGUCGGGUGCUCCAUCCCCGCAUGCGUCUACCCAGUGCUUCAGCCAGCAAGGCAUCAGCAUCACCUUUCAAGACACAUAUAUGCUGGAGGACAUAUCACCCUUGAGCAUCAAAUUAAGAGACAGCCACCACCUGGACUUCGGGCAUGCUCUGUUUGAUCCCACUGAAAAUCCGGAUCACGAAAUCUUCGUCAUAGAAUCAGCCAUUGACCUCUUCAGACCCCCGGAUAGCUCUCCACAUGUCCUCUGGUCCUGGCGCCAAUGCCCAGCCCUGAUCUGGUCAUCGUCAAGGAGCCGUUGCCUCGUCGUCGUCGGCUUACUUGCCCUUCUUCUCCUGCUGGUCAUUGUCGGCGCUGUCUUGGCCUCCCACUUGCGCAUCUCAUCCUACUUGUCUCGACCUCUAGAACGGUCUCCGCAAUCCAACCAGCGCGUUCACGUCCAACACGCUGCCCUCACUCUGGUUGACGACAUAACUCAGAUCUUGCACCUCUAUGUCGAGACUCCGCUACCCUUCUUCGUUGGCGUGCAAGACCUUGUCGACCGCCACUAUCUCAUAGAUGGCAACACCCCUCGGCCUCCUACCAGAGCCACUCCAUCCCCGGAUAGUAACAUCACGGCUAGAGUCUUUCUAGGCCAUGUCUUUUACUCAAUCAACCAGCUCUGUGAUACUGUUCAGGACUGGAUGGCCUUGUCUCGCCCAGCACCCCCAGGAAAGGAGGACUUGGCUCUUCUUUGCCUUGGGCUCCGACGUGCAGUCGCUGAUCUCUCUCCUCUGUGGAGCGAGGCCUCGACAACACUGGCUCUCUCGUGGCUCUCAAGCUUUGAACUCGUCAGCUUCUAUUUCCAAGAGGCCGUUAAAGCAGUACUGCUACCACUUGACAUAAACGUGGACCCUGCUACAACCCCAACAACGUGUUUCUACAACUAUACGUCAAACACGUUUAUUCGUCAGAUUUAUACACACCUCUUCUCAUCGUCUCCCAUAGUGAUGUCCAUAUAUGAAGCUGCUGAGCAGCUAGUCGAGUUAUCUGACGCUCUACUGGCUGUUAUCACCAGUGGGAGUCUCCUAGUAGAUAUCCUAAGCAAAGGCGACGUCAUUACUCGGUCGCGCCACAUCCGAACAGACGCUCCUCGUGGCUGGUUCGCCGCAUCACCGCCGCGUAGCAGAACGGACCAGGCCCUUUCCCUGAUUGCCCCAGCGUACGACGAGGUAGCCCCGUUGCUGCGGACCGCCGUGUCAGCAACAUGGGCCGUUAGUGCAACAAGGGAAAGGCUACAGGGUUUAGUUGAGGCCUUUGAAGGACUGGGCAACCGCACCAGAGCUCUUUGCAGUGCCCCAGUGCCUGUGGCGUGCGGGGAUGACAACAGCGAGUGGUGGCGUGGACUACCAUGGGUCAGCGAGACAGCAGGCGACGACGGCCGGUUAAUAAGGACAUUCUGGUAUCUCCCUCGCGCCAAAGAAUGGCCUUCGCUCUUGUCUUGGGGAUGCGCCAAGCUGCGCCAGACGCAAAUGGAAUGGAAGUGGGCCGUUUUGGAGACGGAGAGGUACUGGCAUGGGAAACUGUGA